ACAGUGAAGCCGGUUUCUCUUGCUGAUCACUCACGUUUUUCUCAAGAUAAAUAAACACACCAAGAGGUAUUGAAGAUGGUCUACAAGCAACACACAGCCUUCACAGUGUUGGUGUUGGUGGCCAUCUGUGGACUUCCUGUCCUUUGUCUGGCCUCUGUGUGUGAGGGGAGAGUCCAGCCCGAUGGGUCCUGCAACUUCACCAUUCCCCCCCAUAUAUCUGCCACACUACAGAACCCCCUCUGUGAGGGGCAGAUCGUCACUGAUGGAAGAGUGAGAGCUCUAUAUGAAUCUGGAACUCUACUAAAUUCAACACACCCAGUGAAAUUUGCCUUAGUGGACCAGUUCAUUUUGAACAUGUGCCCUGCCUCAACAUACAUUCUUGCUGAGUGUCCAGAUCAAGAUAUCUUUCACAAUGAAACUUGUGUCUGCGUAAAAACGACUGAACUCACUGAAGGCUCAACUACCUUUCUGAAUCCUACUCCACUGACUGCACUUGAGACUCCAAGUGCAAUCUCUGGUCUUCAUGAUAGGCAUUACUUUAUAAGUGGCACUCUCAUCCUCUUGGGAAUCUGCAUCUUCAGUCUUAUCCUCAUACUGAGGAAGUGCGUUGCCCAAAGCAUCAGGAAGGAUAUGAAUCCAGCCCAAUAUAUGCAACAAACACUGACUGUGCACUGUAAUACUUGACUUGACUUGAAGCACCGUUAUAGUUGUAGGGGACCAAAAGCCAAUUGUUCCUGAUGAGUGGCAAUAUUGGUCAGCAGCUCCUUCCGCUCCCUCAGCUGCCCUGCCCCCUGCUGGUGUAAUGGACUCAGUGCAAUGGGCAUAUAGUCAUUUUGGCCGACACACUCAUCUAAAGGGAAAUAAAAAUGGCAUGUACUGUAGGGAAACACGGUUCAUUUUAACUGUCAGAUAAGGAAGAAAAGAAAAGUUAUUUUAUAUUGAAGUUGUAAGAAGUUGCUGAGGAGUCUUCAGCUGCCUUUUCAGUAUUUGGAAACUACUAAGCACUCUCCCUCUUAGUCUUUUCUCUGCCUCAUGGUAAAGACUUCUUUCUUAUGAUGUAGCAUUUCUCUCCAUGCAUUUCAGCUUAAUAAGCUUGAGUCAGACAAUAGGCCUACAUGAACGAUAGCAUUCCAAUGUAAGGUAUUAACUUAUAUCUAAGGUGUUAAUUCCAUCAAUUUUCCGACAAUAUGUCCUUUAAUGUAAUUGAAUCUUAGGCUAUGUCUUACUUGUCUUAUCUCUUUAAGUAGCCCACUUAAACAAGAAUGUGCUGUUUGCUUAUUCUAUGAAGCUUUAUUUAAGUACCUUAGGCUUUUUAAAAAUGUAUUUUAUGUUGUUUUUUUUUUUAUUAAGCUAUGCCAAUAGCCAAGGCCUGCUUGAUGUGAUGACAGGUUAAUUGCCUCCUCAGGUGUCUAAUUUCUGUGGGGUUUCUGUAUGAAUGUUUUCAGUGGUGGCUAGGGCCACUGACAAAGUUUGUUAAUGCACUGGUAUUAUUUAUAUGUUUUGUAGUAGGCCUAUAUGUAAACAAUUGUUUAAGCUAGGCCUACAGCUGUGAGGUAUUGGUUCAUGUUUAGCCACACAUUGUGUGGUGCAACCGCUUUUUAAUUUAUUUCCAUUACAUUUUUUUGCACAUGCAUCUUCACUGCAAAUAAAGCUUAUUUU